UAGAAACGCCGCUGGGUUUUUAGUUUGUGAAGUCGUAAUGGCCAAACCUUCAUUGCCUUCAAUCAAACUCAAUUACACCGCCAUCAAGCAAGAUCCACUUGAUUCCCCGCCGCCGUCCCUACCUCCCCGGUUACCGAUUCCGCCGCCGUUAGCGGUGGUCAAAACCGAACCAGAACAGCAACAACCACAGCAAGAACAACUACAACUACAACUGCAAGAACAAGAACAAGAAGAACGACAACCCCAUUUAUUAAAAUCCAUUGACGACCUCACCUCCUUCUCCACUGCAAUCCAAGCUUUCAAAUAUAGAUUCGACGAAUUAACCAAACACCUCGAUUUCGUUAACCAAGCCAUUGGCUCCAAAUUCAAUGAACAAAGCACUCAAAUUGAACCCCAACCUUCUCCCAAAUCAACGCAAAAAGUACCCAAAACAGUUUCUCCUUCGGUAUCCUCGCGUUAUGGAAUUGGAAACCUUUGCGAAAGGAUGCGUAGCAAAAGAGUACGUAAAUAUAUUAUUACCCAUUUAUCAGAUAUCCCAAAGCUUCGAGAAGAAGUCCCUGCGGCCCUAAAGCUUGCACCAGGACCAGCCCAAUUGGUUUUAGAUUGCAUUGGGAGGUUCUUUCUAUUAGGCAAAAAGGCUCAAAUCAAGGUUCCUUAUAUACCUUUGGCAAGGCAAGCCUCUGUUUUGGUUUUGGAAUUUUUCCUUUUGAUGAUGAGAGGUGAAGGUGGGUUUCUAAUUGCUGCAAAUGUUAACGUAGAAGCACGGAAAAGAGCUGUUGAAUGGCGAAAGAGGUUGAUUGGAGAGGGUGGUUUGGAUAAAGCCAAUGAAACUGAUGCAAAGGGUUUGUUGCUUUUUGUUGCUUGUUUUGGGAUUCCUGAAGUGUUCAGUAAUGAGGAUUUGGGGGUUUUGUUUAAGUUGGCUAAUCUCAGUGGCAUCUCGGAUGCAGUAAAGUGCUCUACUUUUCUUCCUGGGAAAAUUCCAGAUAUCAUAGAGAGUAUGGUGAAGAAUGGGAUGCCUUUCGAAGCUGUUGAGGUUGCUUCGAUCUUUGGGCUUGAGGAUAAAUUCUCCUCUAAGACAAUGUUGACUUCAUUCUUGCAAGAGUCUACAAAAGCAUUCGAGAGGGCAAAACGAGAAGCGAAUAAGUCCCACGUGGCGCUGAAAAAGGCUAAUGAAAAGCAAUUAGAUGCUCUAAAAUCGAUAGUCCAUUAUUCGGAAAAUCGUAGUAUUGAUGCAACCGAGCUUCUUGGUUCAUGGCAAAUUAAAGAGAAGAUAGUGACGUUGGAAGAAGGAAUUGUUGAGCUAAAAAAAAGGAUUGAGGAGAAAAAAAUGAAGAAAAGAAAACGGAACGAAAAGGGGUCAUCAAGUACAGUUAAGAGCCAAGAAGUGAAGCGAUCACGGUUGGCAACCGAAGGGUCCCCUUUGCCAAAAUCUGAAGCAAAUCAGUUGUGUGAGCAACCGACCACUAUUCUUUCCGAAGGCGAUGCUUUGGUCCCUAUUUCUAGUAAUGCCAACAAUUCUCCUGUUACCUCAGCUGCCCCACAUGGAUCAACCUGUUGUUUUCCUGAAAAUGAGAUAGCCCAGAUGGGAAAGGCUAAUGAAAAGCAAUUAGAUGCUCUUGAAUCGAUAGUCCAGUAUCCGGAAAAUCGUAGUAAUGAUGUAACGGAGCUUCUUGGUUCAAUUCAAUUUGAAAAGAAGAUAGUCAAGUUGGAAGAAAGAGUUGCAGAGCUACAUAAAAGGCUUGAGGAUAAAAAAAUAAAGCCAAACAGAAAACUGGAUGAAAUGGGAGCAGUUAAGAGCAAAGAAAUGAAGCAAACACGAUUUGCAACCAAAGGGUCCCCUUUGCCAAAAUCUCAUGUAAAUCAGUCACAUGAGCAACCGUCUGCUAUUCUUGCCGAAGGCAUGAAGUUAUAUGAUGGUUUGGUCCCUAAUUCUUGUCAUGCCGACGACUAUCCUGUUGCCUCUGCUGCACCACAUGGAUCAACCAAUUCUUUUCCAAAAACUGAGAUGGACCAGAUAGGAGGAACCACCAAUGUACGAAGCGGCGGUAUCAGUGGCAAUGGUCUGCCAUAUAGAUGGCAACAAGGCUAUGUUGCACAAUCUACAUCCAAGUGGUUUGCUGAUUUAUUUGGGUCAUCACCAUCUAUAGAAGGCUUUGUUGGUCUGCCAGAUAGAACUAUUAGGACAUUGGCAGAUCUAUAUCGGUUUGCCGAUUCUUUAGGGUAAAAAACAAGUCUUAUAUCAGUAGAUCUCACAGGACCGGUACGUUGUCGAUUGUCACCCUUGCUAUAUGAUUGCCUAGUUGUGCAGUUCAGUUUUACUUUCAUAGAUGGUUUCUAUAGGUAUGAUCUCAAUGAAGGCAUUUUCUCUCUGUUUGAUA